GGCCCGUCGGGCUCCCAAGAUGGCGGUGUGCGUAGCGGUGAUCGCCAAGGAGGCCAGCGCACAUGGGGUGGAUCCUUGUCGCUUCAGCCGCCGUCAUCCUUUUCUUGCAGAAUUACCCUCUUUACAUCCGCAGUGUCCCCACGGAGAAUGAGCUCAAGUUUCACUACAUGGUGCACACGUCCCUGGACGUGGUGGACGAGAAGAUCUCAGCAAUGGGGAAGGCCCUGGUGGAUCAGAGGGAGCUCUACCUGGGCCUGCUGUACCCCACAGAGGACUACAAGGUGUAUCCUCGCGCCUGGCAGCGGCUUCGAGUCUGGGGAUUGCCUGCAGUCGCAGGGCGCACUUUAACCCUUCCCAGCUGGGAACUGAUGCAGAGAGAAGGCGAGGUGGCCCAGGGUUUGGGCAGGUUGCCCCGGGGCUUGAAUCAUGCUGUGCAGAUACGGCUACGUGACCAACUCCAAGGUGAAGUUUGUCAUGGUGGUGGAUUCCUCCAACACGGCGCUCAGAGACAACGAGAUUCGCAGCAUGUUCCGGAAGCUGCACAACUCCUACACAGACGUGAUGUGCAACCCCUUCUAUAACCCGGGGGACCGCAUUCAGUCCAGGGCCUUCGAUGGCAUGGUGACGUCCAUGAUGAUACAGGUCUGUUGAGGAGAGCUCUGCAGCCCGUGGCUGGAAGGAAUCGUUCUGUGCAUAACCGUGUUGUUCAGAUGUAUCUUUAUUUCCACUUGUCUCCUCUUGGGUGUCAUGGACGUGCCGCUGGGGGCAGGGCCUCAUGCACGGUGCCUGUUGACUAAAGGUCUUGUGAGAUCA